GUGGGAAUGGUCGGUCCGCGAACUGGGGGUUGGACCGCUCCGAACGAAACAGCGCAAAAGAGUUUUAAAUGUCCGCCAUGUUGUCCAUGGCGCACUGAACCAACGAUAGGGAGCGGAGCGUAGGAAAAAAACAGUCCGAGAGAGAGCGACCAAGAUCCGGGCCUUCCCCCGGCUCCGUUGGCGACGCCCUAAAUACAAGCUACAACCAUUCGAACGUUAGAAUAGAGAUUAACCGCACAGAAACAUCCAUGAAAGCUCCACUCGGUACCGCUGUGAAUAUUAGGAGAUCGGAUAGAUUUAUAUUGCAUCUCGAAUUGUGAAAAAAAAAAUGAGUAAAUUGUCGUUUCGGGCACGGGCGCUGGACGCUUCCAAGCCACUACCCGUCUUCCGUUGUGAGGAUUUACCCGACCUACACGAAUAUGCAUCCAUUAACCGGGCAGUGCCGCAGAUGCCUACGGGGAUGGAGAAAGAAGAGGAAUCGGAACACCAUCUCCAGCGGGCCAUCUCAGCACAGCAGGUAUAUGGCGAGAAGCGGGACAACAUGGUCAUCCCAGUCCCCGAGGCAGAGAGCAACAUCACCUACUAUGAUUCCCUCUACCCUGGGGACUACAAGAUGCCAAAGCAGCUAAUUCACAUACAGCCUUUCAGCUUGGACGCAGAGCAGCCGGACUACGACCUGGACUCGGACGAUGAGGCGUUUGUCAACAAGCUGAAAAAGAAGAUGGAGAUCAGCUUCCUGCAGUUUGAGGAGAUGAUUGACCGGCUAGAGAAAGGCAGUGGACAGCAGCUGGUGAGUCUCCCUGAGGCCAAACUGCUGCUGAAGGAGGACGAUGAGCUCAUCAAGGAGGUCUUCGACUACUGGAGCCGGAAGAGGAAAAACAGCAAGGCUAACUCGCUCAUCCCCAACGUCAAGCAGGAGAAGCGGGACGGCUCCAGCACUAGUGACCCCUAUGUGGCCUUCCGACGACGCACAGAGAAGAUGCAAACCAGGAAGAAUCGUAAGAAUGACGAGGCGUCCUAUGAGAAGAUGCUGAAGCUACGCAGGGAUCUCAGCCGAGCCGUCACCAUCCUGGAAAUGAUCAAGAGGAGGGAGAAGAGCAAGAGAGAGCUGCUGCACCUCACACUGGAGAUCUUUGAGAAGAGAAACGUCAUGUCAGACUUUGGUGGUGAGGUGAUGGCAGAGGUUCUAGCUGAACGUGCGCUGGUGAGGCCGCAGAUCAUUCCCCUGGUCCCCCUCACCAACCAAUACCGACACCAGGAUCACAUGGACCUCAAGGACUAUAAGUCCAAGCCCGAGAAGAUGGAAGUUCCCAGGCAGAAGAGGAAGUACGAGAAGAAGCAGAAGGUGCUGCCUCUGUCGUCGGGCACCCCCCACCAUCCGGGUCCUGUUGUCUUCAAUGCCAAGGACCUCAACCAGUACGACUUCCCCAGCUCGGACGACGAGCCCUUCUCCCAGCUGCACUCAGGCUCAUCAGAAGCAGAGGAGGAGAACGAUCCAGAUGGUGCCUACGCCUUUCGCAGGAAGGCGGGCUGCCAGUACUAUGCUACUCGUCAGGACCGCGUGGGUAGCUGGCCGUGGUGUGGUCCCUGGGAGGACGGUUUGGCAGAAGCUCGCUUUCGCUACAGUCUCACCACGCUCACUGUGCCGCGGCGCUGCCUGGGCAUGGCUCGACGCCGCGUGGGACGAGGCGGCAGGGUGUUACUGGACAGGGCAUACACAGACUAUGACAACGUUUUCCAUGGACUGGAUCCGGAAAUGCUCGACCUGCCUCUUCCCCCUUCUUCUCCUCCUCCUCCUCCUCCUCCUACAGCCACUUCACGCUCACCGGCCAUCGACAAGUUUUCCAGUACCUCAGAAACAAAUACCUCAGACAGAAUUUCCUCCUCCUCCAACUCCGCUCUUUCCUCUUCCUCUCCCUCUUCCACGGACCUCAGUCAGAUACUGUUGAAUAUAAAGUCGUGCCGAUGGAGGCACUUUAGACCACGGACACUACCACUACAUGAGCUGGAUAACGCCCACCCACUAUUCAGGAGGUUGAGUCGAGGCCUGAAGCGAUCAGUCUCUGCCUCCACAGCUGGGGGACAGCCCCAUGGCUCUCAACGCCCAGGGAGGGUUUUUCCUACACCCUCCCCCAUUGCUGCUUUCACAGCCGAACAGUACCAGCAGCAUCAGGAGCAGCUGGCCCUGAUGCAGAAACAGCAGCUGGAGCAGAUCCAGCUGCAACAGCAAGCCAACAGCACCGCCACUGCCAACAGCACACUGCAGGGCCUGGCGAACACGUUGGACCAGGCCAGCGCUCAGUUCGCCGCCUCGGCCCUCGUCACCGCCGACCAACUGCUGGCUCUAAAAACCAAGGAGGAGCUAGCCCUGGGAGGCGGAGUCAAUGGCGUCCUCUCCCCCUCAGGUGUCUAUAAGGGCUUGCACCUCUCGAGCACAGCGUCCCCAUCCCCCGCCGCCCCGGCUCCUCCCACCACUACCCCGACGGCCGCCUUGCUCCACCCCUGCACCACCACCAGCUCCACCUCCAAUACCAGUAACAACAAUGGCACCGCCCACCCCGCCAACACCACUAACGCCGCCGCCACCACUCAGGUCCUGCUGGGAAACAACAACAGCCUCCGUCUGGGUGUUCCCACCGGCAAGCGUGUCCACGCACCCCGGACACUGAGCACCACCGUGUCAACAUCCGCCUUAAAGUUUGCCCACGCAACCGCCAACUGUCAGAAACCCAAGGUCACUACGGCCUCGGCCUCGCCGCUGGACAUAGUGCCCAGGGAGAAUCAUGAACAAGACAAGCCAGCACUGAACAGUCUAUCAGAGAACACAGUGGCCAUGGAGGUUACGUAGCCUCCCGCACGCAGCACGGGGGGGAAGUGUGACUCCUUUUGUUGUUGGGUUUUUUAGGUGCUAUGCAUCAUUUGUUAGUCAUGAAUGCAAGUGGUGGCAGAGUGAGCGCGGCAAGGCUGGGUUUCCAUGGCAACUGUUUUGGGACUUAAUUGCAAUGCUCGUCUCGUACAAUUUUUUUUUUCUCUCUCUCCCCACAUUUCCCUGUUUGUUACUGUUAAUAAGAGAUCGUCUGUAAAUUCUUAAUAUGGCAAUUAUAUGUACAGUACUGCAUAUUUGUAAUACCCCCCCUCCCCAGCCCCCGUUCUUGUAUAUAACAUUACUUGAAUACAAACUUGUUCAUUUGUGAUGUUUUGCACUCGAGAUAUUAAAAAGAAAAAAAACUCAAAAUUAAAAAGAGAAAAUGACAAA